AUGCAGGGGCGAGUAGGGGAUGGACCGGGAGGAGCCGGCGCGAUCUUCAUUGGGGGGUUGUUUACCGUACCGGCGUCGACCUCUCAUCGCUCUUUCCGUUACGACGGCCCUCGACCCCCUCCUUCGGGGCAGACGCCGACGCAGCCGGAGAGCGGCAGCGAGGAGGAGGAUGAGGAGGAGGAUGGUGAGGGCGAGAAGGAGGAGGACACUGAGGGGAGCGGGGAUGACAGCGAGGCGGCGUGGGACCUAGAGAUGCAUGGCGAUGGGGAGGGGGGAGAUGAUGAUGAUGAAGACCACGAGAUGGAUGGGUUGGAGCCAGAGGGGCGGGAGGAGGAGGUGGGAGAGGGUGGUGGAAGGGCGGCAACAGAGGCGGGAUCACAGCAUGUGCGUGAAGGGGGAGGGAGCGUGGGGGUUAAGGUGGGGGGGAGAAAGGCCGUGACCAUUAGGGAGCUGAGGCAGAGGAAGAAGGCCAACAAGUUGAGGGAGCGGGCGUAUCCCUGCACGUUCACUGGGGAGCCCUUGGGCGAGGGUGUGAUCGCUCGCGAGUUCCUAGACGAGGACGGAGGGUCCGAGAGUAGUAAGGGGACUGGCAAGGGGGAGACGUUUCCACGUGGGGGCUACAAGGGAGUGUCGGAUGGCUACGUCUAUCAGUGGCCACAUGCCAAGACUUGGCCGCAGCUCGCCAAGGGGAAAGGGAUGGCGACUGGUGGAGGUCAUGGGUCAGGCGGGAUGGAGCGGUCGAUGACAACCAACCUGACCUCGGUGCAGCUACGCCAGGCGAUCACGAAGCUGGUGGUCACCUGCGACCUCCCCUUCCGCAUCGUCGAGGCCGAGGCUUUUCAUGAGCUACUCAUCCUGCUAAACCGCAACUGCGCGCAGAAGAACUUCAUCCCCUCGCGCUGGACGGUUUCCCGCGAUACAGUGGUCGAUGCGGCUGCCGCUCUUCAGUCAGCCAUUGCGGAGAUGCUGGCAAAGGAGGGGGAUCUGGGGUGCAGGGUGUCGUUCACCAUCGACAUGUGGACGUCGCCCAACAACAGGGCGUGGCUAGUGGCACCACCAGAGUUCGCCAUUGAAGGCGAGGGGGAGGAGGAGGACGACGAGUGGGAGGAGGAGGAGGGGGAGGAGGAGCAAGGAGGGGAACAGCCCAGGAUGAAGGAGGAGGAGGAUGAAGAGGAUGAAGAUGGAAGGAGGGUCGUGCGCUAUGAAAGAAAAAAUGCGAAGGAAUGUUUACUGCGCGCGCAUUACGAGAGGAAGGUCAAUGAUCGCAAGGAGGAGACGCGAGUAGAAGAGAAUGUGCUCGGCGCCGUCGCUGGAGGGUGCGCAGACCUCCUCAUGGAGGACGUGGGGCAGAUGCCGUGGGUCCAGUUACCUGGCGAGACGUUUCCUAGAGGGGGGUACGUGGGUGUGCCGGAUGGAUACGCUGAGGCUUGGCCGCACGCCAAGAGCUGGCCCAAUGUCCCCCAGAAGAAAGGGAAGGCAAGGCGAGGGGAGCAGGGGUCUGGAGGGAUCGAGCGCUUCAUGACGACCAAGCUGUCUCAGGCGCACCUUCGGCAGGCGAUCGCCAAGCUGGUGGUCACCUGCGACCUUCCCUUCCGCAUUGUCGAGUCCGAGGCGGUGAGUGUCCGUCCACAUUCCAGCUAUGGUGCGCAUGUUUAG